UGGCCAUAUAAUAUCACGUACUAAAAAAGAGUAAAGAGCUUUGUCGGUUUUUGUAUUUAAAUGCUAAAAAUACAGACAUGAUGACGUUACAGCGACGUAAGGCGUGAUGAUAGCGGCCGUUGGGCCUCCACUGGGACCACCCGCCAGUGGAGAGCGGCAAUCACCGUUUCAGCUGCGGCCCGAGCCUGAUUUUUUAGUUUUUUUUAUUCCGACACGCGGAUCCGGAUUUGGGCAUAUUUUCCCGGAUACGUCGUGUUCGUCAAUGAUGCCCGACAACCCCAUCUGGAAGAUCUCGGCGAUCGGGACAGUUGCCGCUUUUGUCCUAUCCGUCAUCAAGAUAACCAAGAUGAUGCACCGCCAAGUCACCUGUAUAGCGAAGAGCGGAUGUUGCGAAAGGCGCGAUGUGUUCGUGCGAGCCUGAUUGGGUUGAAAAGAAACACAUCGCUGCCUCUGUUGGUUAUUUGACGUUUCGGCUUUCUUUUAUUUGCUGCUUUAUUUUCACUGCAUAAUUGUAAAUCCUAGAAAAAAGACACCAUGACUAGUGCAGUUUACAAUGGCAUCAACAAUGGCCAUGGCCCUCAUGUGCUUCAGGAUGGCUGCGAGCUCGAGGUAGCUAACCAGCAUGAGCUCAAGCUUCCGAACGCUAAGAACGACCUAUACACUCCUCACAGUAGCUCCAUAACCAAGAUUACGGACGUGAACCGCAACAUCUACGGUAUUGAUGAGACUACCCGUCCUGUAUACGACUCAGAUGCCGAUGCCAACCGUUUUCGUCACAUUCGCUCAGCCCGAGUCGUUCCUCCUACUCUUUGGACGCCAUCUUGCCAUCCUCAGGUAGAGCAUGUAUCACUCGAGGUCAACAAGUGGUUCCUCGAUAACUGGCCCUUUCCGCAUGACCGCGCGAGGCAAAAGUUUGUCGACGCCGGCUUCUCCUGGGUCACCUGCCUGUACUAUCCGCUGGCAAAGGAUGACCGUAUUCAUUUUGCCUGCCGCCUGCUGACCAUUCUCUUUCUGAUUGAUGACGUUUUGGAAUCCAUGUCUCUGGAAGAUGGCAAAAAGUACAACGACAACCUGAUGCCCCUCGCACGCGGCGACGUGUUGCCAAACCGCGACGUUCCUGUCGAGUACAUGUUCUACGACCUCUGGCACGACAUGCGCUGCCAUGAUGAGGAGCUGGCAAACGAGAUUCUCGAACCGACAUUUGUCUUUAUGCGCGCCCAGACCGACAAGGUUCGCAAGCAAAUGACGGACUUUGGUCAAUACUUAGAAUACCGCGAAGGAGAUGUUGGCAAAGCUCUGCUCUCGGCUUUGAUGCGCUUCGUUAUGGAUCUGCAACUGAGCGCCGGUGAGCUGCAAGAGAUGAAGCCCGUUGAGCAAAACUGCUCAAAGCACAUUUCCAUCGUCAACGAUAUUUACAGCUGGGAGAAGGAGCUCAAGCAGUCGCAAGACAAUGCCGAGGAAGGCUCGCAUCUCUGCACCGGCGUGCAGAUUCUUUCAUCUUGCGCCGGACUGGAUAUUCCUGCUGCAAAGGCCUGCCUGUGGACAAUGGUGCGAGAGUGGGAGGUCAAGCACGAGAUUUUGUGCUCAGCGCCGCACCUCUCCGCCAACAUCUCCAAGAGCAGCCUGUUGUACUUGAAGGGCCUGGAGUACCAGAUGAGCGGUAAUGAGCUUUGGAGCCGCAUGACCCCGAGAUACUUGGUCGUGGAGUGAUGCCGGAUACUUUGCUAUCAGGAUGCUAGCAGCUGCUGCUAGCGCGUAUAUAACCGUUUUGACGCUUUAGAUGAUCUUGGCUGGGUUUAGAAGGAAUAUACUAGAUAAAAUGAGUUGUUUGUGCGCAAACUGCUUGCAUCAGAA